CAAACAAGUUCUUGUCUCUAAUUUAUAACUUAUCUUGAAUAUUAAUGAAGAUCAGAAAGGUAUUUUGGCAUGUGCAAUGCUUUGAGUGCAUUUAGUUGAAAGCUUUCUUCUCUCGAUGUCACACUCAAUUUUUCAUUUACCGCAUACCACGUGUGUGCCAAAUUUCAACUAGAUCCUACAAUUUUAUAGAGAGUUAUCGCAUUCCACACAAAUAUUCUGAUACCAGGUGUCUCUAACCAAUCUAAAAUUCACAUGUCGUUCCACAAUUUCAUUUCUAGCUUAUUUGUCCGAAUUUACCGCUGUUAUGAACCCGGUUACCAGAAAUUACUUCGAGACGAGAAAUUAAUCUUAUUUCAAAAUCUGCGUAACGACCGAGAGGUACCACUCAUUCUAGAAAUUGGGGCCGGACCCGGAACCAAUUUCGUGUAUUACCCCACCCCCUGCAACGUCAUACUUGUCGAACCCAACAUCCAAUUUAAGGAAUGCUGUAUCGCCGCCUUGCAAAAAUUUCCAGGCAUUAACUUACUCGCCUAUUAUGACGUGGGGGUCGAAAACUUGGGAAAUGUUGUCACCCCGGACAGCAUUGACAUCGUGCUUGGCACCAUGGUGGGUUGUGCCGUCCCAGACGCGGGAAAAUACUACGAGAUUGUUUUGAACGUGUUGAAACCAGGCGGCAAAUUCUACUUUAUGGAACACAUCCUUGGUGAACCUGACUCGUGGCAGGCGCGAUGGCAGCGCGGAACCCAGUGGGCGUGGAAACCUUUCGGGUGCGGAUGCCGCAUUGACAGAGAUCUCGACAAGGAGAUAGACAAGGCAGGAUUUGCUUUUGUGGAGAAAAAAAUAUUUUACCUAAAACUUAAAAGAUCUUCUUGGUAUAUGCCGCUUUGUGGGUGUAACAUGGUUGCAAGGAACGUGCGAGGCGUUGCCACAAAAAGUACAGCAGCUUAAACAGCAUUGAGGGUAUUCAUCACGACUUCGCGUCGUUAGCAACGUUAGUAAAAAAUCAAAGUUCGCAUAACAAAAUUGGCUUGAAAAAUGAUUUGCUAACUUUCGCAUCUCCAGGGCUAGUAGUCGUUCGCAAAAAUAUUUAAAAAAUUUUUUUGCAAUGCUAACAUGCGAAGUCGUGAUGAAUACCCUCAUUGUUCACAUUAACUUUGCACAUAUAGGGUAUCAAAUUCUUGGGUUGCCUUCAUAAGUAUUGGUUGAUUUCAUAUGUAAAUUAUUUGUGAAGAUUAAAAUUGAACUAUGUAUGAAUUUUGAUUGUUACUCCAAACUUCUUACGAAAAGGGUUCGUCUACCUGAAUACGUUUUGAGAUUCUAUGUAAUAACACUACCAUGCAGAAUAUAUUCUUAAAUAAUUUUAGAGUUAUUGUGUCACAUAUUAACAUGGUCAGGUUUGAUUCUUUGAUUUUUAUUGAUAAAAUGUAUAAAUUUGCAUACAUGGGCCAAUUACAUUGAUUCAUGUAACUGGAUUACCAAUUACAAAUUACUCGAAAUUCGGUAAUUGGAUUACUUUCCCAAUUAAAUUACAUUGAACUGGCCAAGUUACAAAUUACAAUUACAGUAAUUGGAUUACAUUUCAAAUUACCAAUUACUUUAUUCUAGAAAGGUGCUAAAUACACUGUUUUGGUUCAUUAAAAAAUUCGCCAAAAAUCUUAUUUUGAUUGGGUUUUCAUAAUUAAAGCAUUUUCGUGAUCCUAGGUCGUUGCUUUAUCAUAUCCAAUACCAAACUCAACUUUUUUGAAAUUUAGAUUUUUUCAAAGAUCAGAAAAUAUUCAAAAAAUUCAAAAAAUUAAUUUUUGUGUCGGAUAUUAUAACACAACUAUCUAGGAUCACAAAAAUGCUUAAAUUUCGGAAAUCUUAUCCAAAUUGGAUUUUUGGUGAAUUUUUGAAGUUGAUAAUUUUCGUGUUUUUCGCACCUUUGAGUGGGUGUGGCCUGUGCAAGUGUGACCAUGGAGUCAAACCACUUGGGGUUCUUAGUACACUCAUGGGAUACUACAACAUCGAAAGGGCAUCGAAUUCUGUGAGUGACAACUGUGACAAGUGGUGAAGCUUUCCUCUUUAGCUUCAAAGUAACCGAAUUAAAUAAUAUUGAAUUUUUACAAUCUCCGCCAUACUUAAAUUUUGUUCUGGAAUUGUGUAGGAUGAAUUCAAACUGAAUUUGAUAGAUAUAAUUUGCACGUUUAUUAAGUAGCGCAAGCCACUUUAUGCGAUCGGUUAGUUACUCUGUCCGUCCGUCCGUCUGUUUGUCAAAACUAAAACUCGAGAGCGGUUUUUCGCAGCGACCUGACAUGUUCUUCGCUGCUGUGGGGUGACACCCUAUUAGGGGGGUGUGACCACUUUGUCGACAUCGUGUCGAAAAACGUCGCCAUGGCCUAAUUUCGACAUUUUUUGGGCGAUUUGCAUGGAGUUUGGGGAAAACAUGUUUUUUGGUGUUGACGACAUGUCGCAAUAUGGCGAUUAAGGUUUCGAAAAAUUUUGUCGCCAUUACCGUAUUUGGCGAUUUUUUGGGCGAUUUGCAUGAAAUUUGGGCAAAACAUGUUUUUCGGUGUUGUCGACAUGUCGCAAUAUGGCGACUAAGGUCACGACCCAGCAUUCUCAGCAAUUUUGCGCUACUUAUGUAUCGUGCUUUGCCGCACUUUAGUUUUUACUAAAUUGAAUUGUCUAUGCAGCAAAUAAAAUUCACCAAAAAUUUGCAAUAAAUAAUUAAUUGUAAGAUGUAAAUGGAAAUUUUACGUAAAAUAGCGCAAAAUAAUGCAAAAUAGCACGAAACAGUGUGGUUAUGUUUGUUCGAUAGUGCACAAAUCCCUUUUGUUUGGCGAUGUACACUUUUCCAAUGUAAUUGGUAAUUUGGAGUAAUCCAAUUACAUUUAUUUGAAAAUCUCAAUUACCAAUUACUAAUUACCAAUUACAAUUUUAGAGCAUGUUCAAAUUACAUUACCAAUUACAUUUUUUGUAAUCCAAUUACGUAAUUGGAUUACAUGUAAUUGGCCCAUGUAUGUAAAUUUGUAUGUAGAUCAUUACAUAUUUUACUUUAGCUAAAGUUCGACAUACAGAUAAAGUAAUCCGGAAUGUUGGAUAGGAUAACUCAGCUUUAUGAGAACACCAGAAAAAUGGUUUUAGCUGUCUAGGCAUAAAUAUUUUAGGAUGUGUAAAUAUUUUGUAGUAUUACUUAAUUACAAAAAAUAGUAUUUAACGAUUUUUCUCCUAUAUAAUCAAGUUGGUGAUGCCGCAUAUAAAUAAAUCCCACUAGUUAACUCCA